AUGCAUCGGACUCCGCUAGCGUGGCCGCCCCUCCACUCUAAUCUCGCUUGGCUAAAGACUCUCGUCACCAUGGCGGAUUGUCGGAUCAUAUGGCUCUUCGCCAUUGUUCUCGUCUUUACCGUGGCCAGCAUACUCCUCGUGUUUACGGCCAGAAGAAGACCCAGAAUCAGCAAGCCUCUGAUCACAAACCCUGUCUCAACGAGUCGAUCGGAUCUUCAAGAGGAUCAUCCCUUAUCUAUAGAGAGUCCGACCGUGCCUGAGAAGCAAACUACCGGACCAAGUGAUCAGGGGCAACGCAAAUCGGUCGAACCAGAUUCCAAGCGGUACUCCAAGUUCGCCAUGGGUGUCUUCUUGCUUUUACCAUGCACUCUGCUGGUCCUCAUUCAUUUCCGAUUGGUAACGGCCAUUCAAGCUCACUAUCGAUCACUUGAGCAUCCUUUGCUGCAGACACAGGGCUCGUCGGGCCUACAGGAGGUCUUCCAAGUAUACCAUCCGGUGUCACUUUCUCCUAAAGAGGCCAGUGGAGAGGCCGGUAGCUGUGAUCUGGAAGUCUUGCUUAUGGACCAUGUUUUCGGAUCCAGUUAUGGGAAGCCUUUCGUCGGCAACUACACGCCACCAGACUGUGAAUUCGACACCGUCCGCAUCAAUUUCACCGUCACUUCUCGAGGAAAGCAGUACGAUCGCCUAGCUCUCAUGUACCUCGGUGACGCGGAGGUGUUCCGGACUUCAACCGCCGAACCAACGACCGCCGGCAUAGUGUGGACGUAUAUCAAAGAGAUGUCGCAAUACAACGCCCUCUGGAAACAACCGCAAACUCUGAUUUUCGAUCUCGGAAACAUCAUGAAUGAUGUCUAUACGGGAUCAUUCAAUGCUACGCUGACAGCUCACUUUUCUCUCCAAAACAACGAAAAGAAUGCGCGAUCUGCGGACCUCAUCCUCCCCAUUUCAGCCAUGAAAUCCGCAUCGAAUUCAGCGAGUGCAUUUUCAGUCCCGGCUGAUAAUACAACGGUCAAUCACAAGAUCCCACCCGGCACAUCGCGAGCCGUGGUGUCGAUAUCCGCCUGCGGUCAAUCCGAAGAAGAAUUUUGGUGGUCUAAUGUGUUCUCCGAUGACACGGCGAGUUUUGAAAAUACCGUGGGCAAGCUUUAUGGAUACUCGCCCUUUCGAGAAGUUCAGCUCUAUAUUGAUGGAGGACUAGCUGGUGUUGUUUGGCCCUUUCCUGUUAUUUUUACGGGAGGUGUGGCGCCGGGAUUUUGGAGGCCGAUUGUGGGUACUGAUGCUUUUGAUUUGAGACAGAGUGAGAUUGAUAUCUCGCCCUUUUUACCGUUGUUGCGAGAUGGCGAGGAGCAUUCGUUUGAGAUUAGGGUGUCCGGUCUCAAUGUUCUGUCGAAUGGGACUGCUGUUCUUUCGGAAACUGUGGGGUCUUAUUGGGUUGUUACGGGAAAUAUUUUCCUAUACACGGAUGAAGUCGAUGAGUCUGAGUCCUCGAAUCGGGAUGUCGAAGAGAUCGAGGCGGUGCAAGUCACAGCACCAAAUCCAAUCUUCACAAUCACCCGAAAAUUAACAAAGAACGAAACCGGGGCCAACGACACAUUAGAAUAUUCCGUUCUCGCAGAGAGAACAUUUACAGCCCGUUCAUCCAAAUUUUCCUGGUCACAGAAACUCACCUUCUCGAACAACGGCCUCCUAAACCAACAAGGAUACAGCCAAAUCAACAAACAACUCACGUCCGGCGAGUCCACAAUUACAGACCUCAACAACAAGCAAUCAAACGAAACAACAUUCCGCUACCCGCUCCUAGUCAACGCAACCUACGGUAUAACCGACGACUCCCUAACCAUCGACGCAUGGAUGAAACGAGGCCUGGAGAUCGAUUCUUCUGGAAGUUUGGGACUAUCCACGUACACACUUUCUUCGGGAGCUAAACCGUAUCACCUGCAUACUUCCCAGUCGGGAAAGGCACGAUACAAGUCAGCCAGCGGGAGUUCCUCGUCGAGAGGUAAUACGGCAGACGAAUAUGAAAGUACCGCCAAUGGGAUAUCUUACGCUCGGUCUGUGCGAGCUGUUAAUGGUGAAGUGGUUUAUGAUACUCAUCCUGUUAAUAAGGUUUCGUCGGCUUCGUUUCAGAGUCUAGAGUCGGGGUCUUUUGGCAGGGAUAGUGUUAGAAGUAUGCUUGGUCGAGGGCCGGGCGAGAUCCGGGAUUAA